ACCGACGAUUUUGUGCGCAUGCGUAGAUACCAGUCUCGAUCGCGGUGAUUAUGAAUUUGAUUUUAUACUCGAAUUCUGGAUUUGAAGAAGUCAAGAUAUUGGUAUAAAUUAGACCAUUUUCCAGUGUGAGUUGAAUCCCAGAAGCAACCAUGGCAGCCUAUAGCUUCCCUCUCCUAUCAUCAGCUGAGUUGGCUUCAGUUCUUCAUGAGAUCCUUGGAGAGACUUUUUCGGAAGAGGAUUUCAAGAACCCUCAGAGCACCAAGAUCCAGAAGCUGUAUGCCACCUUCCUGCAGAGACUGAUCAACACUCCCAUGGAUAAGAUCAACCAGCCUCAAUGGGAGGCUUCACAGGGUGUCUUGCAUCCUGAGCUCUAUUCAGACACCUUCCCACUCAUGAACCUCACGCUAGCCAUGCAGCGAUUCAUGGUUGGAUGCCUGGUGAAGGACUUCAAAAUGAAGGAUAUUUUACACCCAAAACCCAAACGAACCCGUCGCUUUCUCAGUGCCAUCAUCAACUUCUGGCGGUUCAGCGUUGAACGAGAGGAUGUCUACUACAACAUAUGUCAAGAGAUUCAAGGAUCACUGGCGGAGAGGAGUGCAUGUCAGGAGAGGAUCACUCAGAUCAAAGAAAAGAUCAAUCUCAUCAGAAUGAACAGAGCUGAAGAAGAGGAGCAUGCAAAACAGCUGCAAGACAAUAUUGAUGAGUCGGACGCUAAGAUGAUGUCACAGCAGCAAGAUCAAGCAGGACUCCAGAGAGAUAUCUCAAGACUGAGAACUACAGUAGCAGAGAAAGCAGCCCUUGUGGACAAGCACAAGCUGUCCAUCUUGAACAAACAGGAGAUGGUGAGUAAGAUGCAAGCUCAGGUCGUCCAAUCCCCGGAGCGUAUGAAAGCCGACAUCUCGAGGAUGCAUUCCACCCUGGCCUCACGCAAGGAGACCAAGAAGGAGAAGGGACACCGGCUGCAGGAGAUGCGGGGUCAGAACGAGAACUGCCAGCUGCUUCUGCAGUCCAGCGAGCAAGGGGAUUCCAUGAUCACAGCUAUCAAUACAGAGCUGGAGAAACAGAGGGAGGCUCAGGCAACGAUGGAAGGUGUGAGGGAUCAGAUUCAGAUCGAGAAGGACCAACUAAGAGACUUCACAGCCCAGGAGGGUCACCUCAACAGACAGAGGGAAUCCAAGCAAGAGAAACUGGUCAAGCUACAGCUGCAGCAUCAGCACACCGUCACGGCUCUGCAGGAGAAUAUACAGAGGGAACAGAGGGAGCUGGAAGAAUGCUGCCAAAAACAGGAGAAAAAACUUGGUCACGUCCAGGUCUUGAUUGAACAGAAGAACAAUAUCAAGAAAAAGAUGAGUGAUGAAGAGAACAUCCAUGGAGAAGAGAUGAGUAAAAAGAAGGAGAAAUAUGAACACCUCCUUGUUGCUUUGGACUCGUACCACAAGGAUCUCUCUGUUGGCUGGGAGCAAGCCGAUCCAAGAUAAACCUGGGAACCGAUGGAUCCAAUCCGUGCCUGUAAUCUGUAAUUAUAGUAUCAUUCUAAUCAUGCAAAAGAGAGUAUGGAGAUUUUCGAAAAAUCUUGGAACUCAUUGGCAACGCUGCCCGCAACAAGAAGAAAUCUGGGAGCUAUGGAAUCUACAUCUCUAAAGUCCUCAAGCAAGUUCAUCCUAACGCCUGCAUCUCCAGUCGGGCCAUAACUAUCAUGAACAGCUUCAUCAACGACAUGUUGUACAGAGCGAGAUGGGAAGCUUUGCUGGCAAUUCGCUGAAGAUGUUGAUGACGAAGCCGUUCAUGGGUAUUUUUACAUUUGUACACCCAAACAGACUCGAACAAACAUUCUGUUACAUAUAAUGUUAUACCUGAAAUUGUUUUAUUGUAUAUUAUUCAACAAGAAAUAUUUCAGUCCAUGUAUACGAUGUAAAUAAGUCAUUAUAAACAGUUUCUUUGUUGCUUAUAACUGUACAUACAUGUAAAUGUAGUUAUUCUAAUAUAAUAUUCAUUAAACAAGUACACACAAUGAUCUACAUGUGUGGGGUCUCAUAGAAUACACUAUUAACUCAUUCAUGGGCAGUAAAUAAUGCUGUUAUAUUUCUGUACAUUUCAUUAACAAGUUAACAUUUGAAAUCAAAUUACUGGAAGGUUUUAAACACCACUGACAUAUUUCAGCAGGGCUUUGUAAAGAAAUACAUAUAGAACAAGAAGUUUUUCUCAUAUAACAUGCCAAGAUACAAUUUAAUUUUGAAGCUUUAAUUGAAUAGUCACUUAUGAGUACAAAUAUAUUGUGUAUACAUGUGUACUCAAUUUGGCACCACAACAUCUUAUAUGUCGGUAUAUUAAUAUUGGUAUUGCCGAAAGAAUAUUCUUUAUACGUACAUGUGGUUCAUUACUGGUAAACAGUUAUUGACGAUAGAAUUGUAUCAAGAAAACGAUGUAGCAUCCUGGUCAUUUUUUCAAAAUACAAGUACUCUGUACAUGUUACUUUGAAUUUGAUGUAGGCCAAAACUUUGUGAAAGGGUUUGCUUGGCUAGCAUUGAUCUCUUCUUUUGUCACAAAUGGUAAAAAAUUAUACAUGGUCAGCUAAGAGCCAGUAGGGAAUUACCUUAUGUACUUUUUUUUUAAACAAAGACUUGGCACCUUCUAGUUCUCAGCACACAAUAUUGUAUGAUAUUACAAUAAAAUAGAAGAGGAAAUUUUACACAACGAUUUGUGUAAAUCACAAAAUGAAAUAUUUAUUUAAUAUCUACUCUAACAAAUGUUAUAAAUCUACCGUAAUCUCUACUCUGUAACCUUCAAUCACAAAUUUUAAGUAUUUAAAAAGUGUUAAUGGGCUUUAUUAUUGUAGUUAUCUGUUGAGGUAGUUGAUUAUUCUUCAAACAUUUAAUAAGCAAUAUUUGAUUUCAGGAGGGCACUGUAAAUGAACUCUGACUAAUCUUACAACAA